AUGAAAUAUGAUAUAACAAGAAGGUUCCGAAUAUUUUUGCGAUUGGUUUUAUUAGAUAAAGAAUGUGGUAUUGAAGCAGGUUCUUUAGUAGACUUAAAAAAAUGGGGUAGAGAGAAAAUAUUAAAAAAUAAAGAAUUACUAAGUGAAUAUAUAUCUUAUAGGGAGGUAUUAAAUGAGUAUACAAAAAUUUUAAAAGAAAGGAAAAAUGAACAUAUAGAAUGUAACAUUGAAAAGGUGGCCAAUCAAGUUGGUUUAACAACAAAAACUAUGAGAAAUAAGGAAUAG